AUGGAGCCCCCAGCGAUCAGCCAGCAAUCCACACCCACGGCCCCGGGGGGAACGCAAGGGACACGCAAACUGCGCGAGAGUUGCAUCUCGUGCUCCAGAUCCAAGGUCAAGUGCAAUAAGGAGAAGCCCACAUGCAGUCGAUGCGUCCGCCGUGGUCUGCCUUGCGAGUAUAUGGUUUCCAGGCGCACUGGACGCACUCGCGUCAUUGGUGUUGAGCAGCCAAAGACAGCACCAUCACCAACAACACCGACGAAUACGACAGCAGCUACUACAGCAACGAAGGCAGGACCACCAGUUACAACAGACAGUGCUGUUCAUACACCUGUCAUUACUACGGCGCCCUCUCCCAAGCCGGUGCAGAUCCAGUCUCCUCCAGCCGAACCAGAUCUCUGGGGCGCCAUCCUGUCUCCGAAUACUUCCACCUCCACCGACCUAUCGUCACUCCUCUCGGUGAAUACAAAUUUCAGUCAGCUCUUCGCCUCGCUUUCUCCUUCGCUUCUUGAGGGUAUGGAUGGCAUGGAUGCCGAAAUGCACGCGCCGGAGCUGGGCGCAUUGUCGGUCGCCGACCCAUCGUCCUCCAUGAUGCAGGGGUUAGAGGCCCCUAACGCUGCCCAACCACCGUCUUCGAACACCACAAGCCACUCCUACUGCCUGUCCAUCUGCCUGGAUACUCUCAUGCGGCUCUUUCCGAAUGCUGGCGCUAACUGCGAGCGACCCGGGCACGAGAGCAACCCCGGCAAACUGUUCACUAUCGAGUCCGUUAUUGAGGACAACAAACAAAUCUUGGACACAGCGCAGACAAUCCUGGCUUGCCGCUGCGCCGAGGAUGAGUACGUGGUCACUCUCGUCUCACUUAUUGUCUUCAAGGUUCUUGGAUGGUACGUCGCCGCGGCUCGGGAUAGGUCGUCGGACCCGGGGCGCGAAGAAGACUUCAACUGGUCGACUGCCCAAGACAGUCGUAGAGGUUCGGUCUCUUCCUUUGAGGAGCAGGUGCUGCAUCUUCCCACCGUCGUCGGCAGUUAUUGCAUUGAUGGCCAUCAUCAGAGCCGCAUGGCAGCCCAGCUGGUGCUGAGCGAGCUAUACCGCGUCCAACGACUGGUGACUCAGGUAAGCCGUCGCCUAGAAUCUAUUCGCCGCCGCUCCUCGAGCAGCUCGAGCUCUGCCUCUAGUAAUACAACGGACUCUGACGGCGGGAUGUCGACCCCCUUGUCGUCGACCACCCUGGUCCAUCUAGAAGACGAUUUGCGCAAGCGCCUGCGUGCCGUCUCAAGCGAAACGAUCAGCAUCCUCCGCCACGCCUGA